AUUAGGCAACGGUCACACUGUGUGUAGUGCGUCGCGAAAAAAGUGAAUUUAUAAUAAUAAAUCCCCGCCAGAGCCAUGGAAAUUACACGAAUCUCGGUUACUGCUGGAAGUGCAGUUCCUGUGACCGCCCCCAGCCCGACCACAGCCCCUUUGGCGCACCAGCCCACCUUACCUACGAGCACACUAAUCACAGUAGGCGUGCCGUCGCCAGCAGUACCAACAACAACAACGACAGGCACGGGCACAAGUACAGUGGUGUCCGCAACAACAACAGUAGCGAGUACCGCAGCAGCCGCGACUGUAAUUGCUACUCCGUUACUGCGAGCUCCGAUACAGAAUCUGCCGAUUGAGCUGCAAAACGAUCAGAAGCGCAGGAGUUCGUGUCGAACAAUCAAAAGGAAGCGUUUCGAUGAUGAAAUAGUCGAGUACAACAUCGCAGUACCCACGAAUCGCAGCGGAACAGACGCCAAUCGCAGCAACAGACCGAGAACCACUUUGCAAAACUUUCCCGCUCUUAUUGGGGUGCCGCACACCACGCUAGCGCCUCUGACCAUUCCCAUUCCCACGCCGGAGCCUCCUUCAGCGCCCGCUUCGGCGGAUUCCCUUGUUCCCGGAACCCCCAGCACGGUAGCCUCACUGCCCCUGGCCACGCCCACCACGCCAGCGCCGCCCGUGACUCCGCUGCUGCCUGUUGCGCCCCCCGUUGCUGCUGUAGUGCAUCCCAAGCCGCCUGCUAUGGAGCGUCCCGCGGCCAGCGAGAAACGCUCGCGUUCCGUGCGCCCAGCCAGCAAGAAGUCGCAGCGCCGAAACGGCAGAACUCUCGGCCAGACAGCCACCAAGGAUCUGGGCCGAUGGAAGCCCAUCGACGAUCUGGCCCUGAUCAUUGGUAUCCAGCAGACCAACGACCUGAGGAUUAUACAUCGUGGCGUGAAAUUUUCCUGCAAGUUUACUCUGCAGGAGCUUCAGCAGCGCUGGUAUGCCCUGCUGUAUGAGCCGGCUGUCUCGCGGAUUGCCGUAUCCGCCAUGCGUAACCUGCAUCCUGAGCUCGUGGAUUCCGUUCAGCGCAAGGCCCUGUACAGCGUCCAGGAGGAGGAUCUACUGGGCACCAUUAAGAGCACGGAGCAGCCAAAGCUGGAGCAAUUCCAGGAGCUCCUCGAAAAGAACCCCUCGAUCUUCUACAGCGCUCGCACCGCCAAGUCCCUGCACAACCACUGGCUGCUGCUCAAGCAGUACAGCCUUCUGCCGGAUCAGACGGUGAAGCCGGUCUAUGGCGCGGAUCAGCAGCCGCUUAGCUUCUCGGAUGCCGAGGAUCAGAUCUUCGAGCACGAUCUCAAUGAGCCGCGUGACGAGGCCUUGGAGCUGGAGAGAGCCCUGGCCGAUCGCCGCAACAAGCGGGAUAUUCGCCUGCUAGAGAACGAGCUCUCGCGCUGGGGUGUCCUCGUAGACUCGGUUCUGGGACCCACAGCAGCCUCCGAGUUUGAUAACCAGACACUGGCUUGUCUGUGCGGCCGGCAUGUGCGCUACCUAAUGCGCUCCAAGGAGAUAACCUUUGGCCGGGAUGCCAAGGACUGCGUGGUGGAUGUGGAUCUAUCGCUGGAGGGUCCAGCGGCCAAGAUCUCACGUCGCCAGGGAACCAUCAAGUUGCGUAGUAACGGUGACUUCUUCAUUGCCAACGAGGGCAAGCGGGCCAUCUUCAUAGACGGCUCUCCCUUGCUGUCGGCGAACAAAACCCGUCUGGCCCACAACUGCACUGUUGAGAUCUCCGGACUGCGCUUCACCUUCCUGGUUAACUAUGAGCUCAUCAAUGCCAUUCGCCAGGAGAGCGCCAAGACAUCGAAUCCCCUCAACUAGCUUGGAGCAAGCUGGAGCCGGAGUGUGAACUGUAUUUUAGUACUUAGUAAGCGUCAGAAAUAGAAUUCUGGAAUAAACAGCAUAUGGACAAUAUGUGGAAACCAUA